UGCUUAGGCGCUGUCGUUGUAUCUCGCGGAAGCUUUCCAGGUUCUCUUCAUCUUACAUAUUGGGACUUGUAGUGGCACACUUCAAACUGUUCUCAUUUUUGUAUAUUUUGAUAUAAUGGAGUUCUAAAUAUGUGUCCUAUGUACUCAAGCCAAUCUGCAAUUAUCUUCGAGAGAAAAACCCUUUCCACCGAUGGAAAAGUCACUAGUGCGCUUUCCUAUGAACGCUCAGCGCCCCAGCAACUCCGAAAGAAGAGAUGGCAGAAUGUACACCAACCUGCCGGUAUCUUUAUCGAGCCGGAAGUCCUACACAAGCAGCUCCCAGGCCAGAAACCGACAGUCAAAACAAAGUUCCAAACGGCAUGUCGAUUUAGUGACUAGCUACAAGACAAAGCCCAAUUGUGCACACAUUAGAUGUCUAGAAGGUGAAAAGUCACUUGAAGCCCAUUUAGAUGGCUAUGUGCAAGUCUCAAGCCAAUUUGUCCUAAUUCCUGAUUCUGCAUACUUGAAAACCAAUUAUGACGGGACCCCUCCACAAUGGGAGCAGGUCUCGUUUGUAAAAGUCCUGAGCAAAGGUGAUCUAGUGUGUCCCAUAUGUCUCUAUUCGCCUAUCACGCCGCGAAUGGGCAAAUGUGGACACGUUUACUGUUGGCCCUGUGCAUUACAAUAUUUAAAAUACGAAAAUGAAUCGGAUAGCAAAAAGUGCUCUGUCUGUCCCUCCUUGUUAUCAUUCAAUGGGCUCAGGAGGGUAUCCCUAACCCAUAUUACUCCAACGAAGGUCGGCGAUAGCAUAUGCUUGACGCUAGUCAAGCGUUCAGGACUUUGUAUAACUCCUCUUUCAUCUCUCCAAACAUGUGAAGCUACUGCUGAAUACCUUUUCGGAUGUGUUUGCGUCACCGAUCAAAUAACACUGAAAAAUAUUCACGAGUCAGAGAUCGAUCAACUUCGUACGUAUAGAGCUAUUUGUGAGGUAGAUGGAAACAACACAGAGCUGAUUCCAUUCAUUGACUUUGCCUUCGAAGAGCUGAAUCGCGAAGAUAUGCUUCUAAAAUCUUGCAGUACCAGUUCAUCUAAGCCUUGCAAAUCUUGCAGUCAAGAUAUUAAUGGUGUUUCUACAAAUGAAACAUAUUUCUACCAAGCUAUGGAUAGUCAACCCAUUUUCUUAGAUAGCCUAGGGUGGCGAUGUCUACUAACGGAGUACAAAGAAACACAAAAUCUUCCAAAGGAGAUUGUCGCAACCGUUGUAUCAACUAAAAAUUAUCGGAUGAACUCCUCUUUACGAAAACCUCUGAGGUACCUGAGCCAUUUACCUGAUGGAUACGCCUUCAGUAUAGUGGAAAUCAAGCUAGAACCACCGUUGGUAUCUGAAUUGACACUAUCUCACUUUGCCACAUCGUUGAAUAACCGCGCAUUGGAGCGAGAUCGAAGUCGUCUCGAAGAUCUGAAACUUACUGAAUUAAAAGAGGCAGCUGAAAACCAAUUUACGUCACUGCCUCCAGGUUUUGUUCUCAGCGGUCAUGCAACUUUAUCAGCUAAGCAAGAAGUACAACUUGACCCCUCAAAUUUUGUCCCACUCUCAACUACGACGCAAAAUAUAAAAUGGAAAAAAACUUUACCAAUCAGUUUUGCUGAAAUUUCUCGCUCUGGUGCACUCAAUGUUGUUGGUCCAGAUCGUGUUGCCCAUUUCUCGCGAAGUCCUCCGAACACAACAAAUCCUAAACGCUUCGAUAUCAAUUCCGAAUCUUGGCCUACCUUAGGUGAAACUUCGAAAAGCUGAAGAAAUAUAUUAAACAAUAAAAUCGAUCAGUCUCUAGUUUAGUCGGACAGAAAGCUUGAGUGCCUGGCAAACUAUUUUAUAUUUUCCAAAUACAUUUUUUUAUGGCUCGACAAGCCAAACUUGACAAACUUCAAAUGAAGUGUCUGUUACUCUUACUUAACAAGUAAACGGAUAUGCUUACAA